UAAGAGCUCCCAUGUGUUGCGAAGAUGUGUUCCUUGGACUCUAUUCUUGGCAGGAAAUUGUUUCUGACAUUCCCAGAAAGAAAAUUUCGUAGCAGAUCUUUCUCGAAAUAAUGAAAGCAGUCAUCGCUUUUUUCUUCUUGACUUUGCUGUGUGCGCUGACCUCUGAGGGUCAAGCCGCGGACUCACCCUGCAGUGCGACCAAGGAAUGUCCUGCCGGCUAUUGCUGCGUCUCCAACACGAGACCGAGGGGCAAGAAGAGACAAAUCCUAGCUACAGCACAGGGAACCUGUCAACCGCUGGGCAAACAGUCUGACAGUUGUCUGGUAAGAACAGAGGCGUACAGUGGAGAUAGAAUCUACUACCACUGUCCAUGUGAAAGCGGCUUCAACUGUAAAGGAAACGGAAUGUUCGACAUGCCACUUGGAGAAAUGGGUUUCUGUGUGUCAGCGUAAGAGGAAAUUUCACCUGAACCUCGACCUGAAUUGUCAGUUAUGGUUCCUGGGACAUACAUCACAGGAUGGUGGUGAUAUGACAGAUUAAAAAUGCUUUUAAAAGCU